ACCGUGGACCUCGCUCCACUCUGCAGCAUGCAAGUGCGAAAUAGCUGGUGCUGGAGUCAGUGAGAACACGUUCUGUAUCUGCCACCAAACAUUGUUAGUUCAACACACAUGAAAGAAGUUACCCAAGUCCUGGAAUCGCACGAAGACAAACACUGAGACACGAAAUGUGAACAGCGGCUUCGCUGACGUUCUGUUCCACAGUGCUCAAUGCUCAAGUAGACAACUUGCCUGUCGAUAUUGGAAAGCAAGCUCUUGAAUCAGGAACUGCUUCCACUUCAGAAGACCAGUCUUGCCUGCCAGAGUUUCACAGCUGUGGAAGUUGUAUUGCCUAUUAACACAUCUGCUGUGAGCUUGCAUGCUCUGUUUGCUGAUUACGCAAGUUGAUUUACACCCCAUUUUUUGUCCCGUGAUAUGAAGGUUAGCGGAGAAAACCAGCUGAAUAUCUCCAGUCUAUGUGUUAGCAUGGCCUCUGAGGGAAUGGAUGCUUUGGGGCAGGGGAAAGUGAUAUCAGCUUUGUCAGCUGGGAAUAAAAAUAGCCCAAAUGCUUCAAAAGCCAGGAGACACUCAGCCAAGCAAGAAAGAGGUCUCGCUUCAACACUGCCGUGCCUUAGAGAGGCAGAACACUACGAAUCUGCAUCAAAUAUUCUACCACUGUCAACCAAAGCAGGAAUACCGUACGAUUGCCAGACAAGCGAGUUUUGGGCUGGCAAAGCUGGUGAGUUGGGUUCCGUUGUUGAUAUUCACAACCUACACUGCUGCAGCUCAAUGCAAAGAGUCAGUGCAGGCAGCUUCUAUUGCAGCCAGCUGUGCCAGACAUGUGAUCCACUGGUAGAAGGGAGUGUUUGCUUGGAGACUCACAUUCUUACUGAUCUGGAGAACACAGCUGAGCCCCUGCAAGACGAGCUACCAUUGGGAACAGAGAGUCUUUCCUCUGAGUUAGAUCAGUUUGUAGGGGAAAAGCCAGAAGAGAGCUGUGUGGAUGGAUCCAACAACCUAUUGGACCCCAACACCAGCCAGAAAAGAGACAAGCAACAGUCCUGCCUGUGUCGCAGGCUCAAAACCAGCUCCACAGGACAAUGUUUACCAGUGCCAUUUGACUGCCCUGCUGUCCCAGAUGCUGACUUGACAGGUGUCUGUGGCUGUGAUCUUAUGGAAGUUACAAAAAGUUGCCCGAACCAAGAUGUGUUGCACAGUUGUGUUCAAUGGGUUAAAGAUGGGUACUCAAGUCUAGAAAGACGCUGUAGGAAACACAAAACAAAGUGCCCUAGUCAUGGUAGUAGCUCUUUACAGUUCCGAAUGGCCCAUAAGCCAACCACAAGUCCACAAAAUAAUGAGGAUAACAGCGGGGAAGAGUGGCCAGAGGAUGAGUUUGUCCGAAACAAGAAGGAACGCUCCACUCUACUAGUCAGGAGGUAUUAUAAAAAUAACCGGGAGGUGAAGAAAUCUGUUUACACAGGCACAAGAGCUAUAAUGAGGACACUGCCUUCAGGUCACAUAGGAGAUAAAGCCUGGGAGUCUGUUUGCAAAAAAAGACAAAACGUCUUUGAGAAACACAUUAGGUCAGUGACUGAAAACAUCACUGUGCUUCAGGCUUUUGACCUGCGAUCGUCUGGGCUGCUCCGUUUCUUGGCCAAAUCGAAGGAUUAUGAGAUCCACAAUGCACUGAGAGGAGAAAGGGGGGAGGAAGCUCUUGAGAACCUGCUCCAUCCUUCCAGAAAGCUCCUGGCCUCGGCAGUAGCCUGGAGGAGAGAUGGAGGUUGCUGUGAUAUAAAGCCAUGUGUCCGCAGUGUGCUGCCUAAGUACCUCGCCACUCUCCAAAGAACGUCCAUCUCUGAUCACAUCAACGGGGCUCUGCUAGAAGCUACCACAUCCAUAGGAGCACGGAGUGGGCUGCUGAACCUCUUAGCAGGAUUCACUGGCAGAGCAAUGAUAAAAGAACGUCAACUGGGCACAACGAUGGCUGGUUCAAACACUCUGCCCUCGAAUGUAGCUGGAAUCAGUAAGGAUCUGGCUGACUUGAGGCACCUCAUCCAGUUCCCUGAGGAGAUUGCCAGCAUUUUGACAGAGCAGGAGCAGCAGCUGUACCGCAGAGUCUUUCCACUCGAUUACCUCUGCUUCCUGACCAGGGACCUGGGCAGUCCGGACUGCCAGAACCGGCAUCCAGUCCUUAAAACCUCUCUCUCUGCUCCUGCCCUCUCCAAAAAGAGUGGCAGCCACAACACCAUUGAGGACCUUGUCACACGCUUCAAUGAGGUGAGCUCCUGGGUGACCUGGCUGAUCCUGACCGCCGGCUCCAUGGAAGAGAAACGGGAGGUCUUCUCCUACCUCAUCCACGUAGCCAAGUGCUGCUGGAACAUGGGCAACUACAAUGCUGUGAUGGAAUUCCUGGCUGGGCUCAGGUCUCGGAAAGUGCUGAAGAUGUGGCAGUUUAUGGACCAGUCUGAUAUUGAAACUAUGCGAAGCCUGAAAGAUGCCAUGGCGCAGCACGAAUCCUCUUCGGAGUACAGGAAGGUCGUGAACAGGGCUCUGAACAUCCCCGGCUGUAAAGUGGUACCUUUCUGUGGAGUCUUUCUGAAGGAGCUCUGUGAUGCUCUGGAUGGGGCUGCCAGUCUAAUGAAACUCCGUCCUGGCUUCAUCUCUCAGGAGGAAUCUGUUGAGUUUGUCACAGACUACAAUGGGCAGGACAACUUCUUGCAGCGGGUUGGGGAGGAUGGUCUCCACAACACUGAGAAGGAGGCGACUGUCAGCAACAUCCUGCAGACCAUUCGCAGCUGCAACCGGAGCCUGGAGUCCGAGGAGGGGGACGAGACCAUCAGCGAAGGCUCUGGGUCACGCAAGAACUCCUUUAAGGACAGGACCAAUAACCAUCCAACACCUUUCAGGACAUCUUCUGAGUCAAACCCUGUAUUAUUCACAGUGGGAGACCUGUCUGAUUCUGACGGAGACCUGUCUGAGCAAGUGAAGGAUUAUGACUUUCAAGGAGUGGAAGAGCAGCAAAAAGCUUUCAGCCACGGGACAGAACUUGUCCCCUGGUACGUCCUGUCCAUCAGGGCUGACGUCCACCAGUUCCUACUCCAAGGAGCCACAGUCAUUCAUUAUGACCAGGAAGCCCACCUCUCUGCCCGCUGCUUCUUGAAGCUGCAGCCCGACAACUGCUUCUUGACUUGGUCAAAGCCAGUGAGUUGUGGUGGGGAGCUCAGCCAUUGCAAGCCCCAGUUCUUUGGACAAGUCGCACUGAAUGGAUUGGCUGAUGGAUUCUUGGACUUGUCCAUGGUUAAGGCUGUUUACAUGGGCCACCCUGGAAUGGACAUGCACGCUGUUUGCGUUCAGAAUAAACUGUGUGACAUGACCUCUGAACAGAAUGGGGUGACACUGCUGUAUGGGCUCCACACUACUGAUAACAAGUUGUUGCACUUUGUUGCUCCAAAGUACACUGCCAAAAUGCUAUAUGAUGGACUGCUGGAGUUGGCUAAUGCUGUGAGGAAGAUGAAAAGAUUCCCUGACCAGAGGCUUCAGUGGCUAAGGAAGCAGUAUGUUUGCUUGUACCAGGAAGAAGGCAGGUAUGAAGGUCCAACGCUGGCUCAGGCGAUUGAGCUGUUUGGAGGCAGGCGCUGGAACGCCAGGAACACAAGCACAGGGACUUUGAGCAAAGGCUCAGAGAAACCCAACAUACAAAGAAUCAGCACGACCAAGAAGAAAAAAAAAGGACUUAUGAGGGGGGACAGUGGAGAUGCUACCGAUGACGAAAUGGUGACUCGGAAAACAAAAAGCUCUAAAGAAAACUGUGGCAGGAGUGGUUCUGAUCCUCUGGAGCAGACUGAAUUGGAGGAGAAUACUGCAAUCGGUUUCCCUGGAUCCUAUCCCCUGCCAUCAAGAAAAGCCAACUCCCUCACUACCGCUGUCUCUCCUAGCAUGGCACCCUCCACCACUCCUGCCAGGCCUGCUUCUUCUCCUAUCUUGUCUGCUGCUAAUAAGAGCCAACCGUGCACCUGGAGCAGUCGCAGCUGGCACGGUCGUGGGAAAGGAAGCUUAAAAGGCUUUCAGAACCUGAUGGUCUCCGACAGCAACAUGAGCUUCACUGAAUUUGUGGAACUUUUUAAAUCGUUCAGCAUUCGAAGUCGGAAGGACCUGAAGGAGCUAUUUGAUAUCUAUGCUGUGCCGUGCAAUCGCUCGGGUUCAGAGUCUGCUCCACUCUACACAAACCUGACUAUUGACGACAACAUCACUGGGUUACAGCCUGACCUAGACCUCUUAACCCGUAAUGGAUCUGAUCUUGGCCUCUUCAUAAGAACCAGACAACAGAUGUCUGAUAACCAAAGACAGAUCUCGGAUGCGAUCGCCGCUGCCAGCAUUGUGACCAAUGGAACUGGAGUUGAAAGUGCAUCGCUGGGAGUGCUGGGGAUCACCAUCCAGCAGCUCAACGACUUCCUGGUGAACUGUCAAGGAGAGCAUCACACCUAUGAUGAAAUCCUCAGCAUAAUCCAGAAGUUUGAACCCUCUAUCAGCAUGCGCCAGCUGGGAUGGAUGUCUUUUGAGGGUUUUGCACGGUUUCUGAUGGACAAGGACAGCUUUGCCUCCAGAAAUGAAGAAUCUCAAGUGAACGAGGAAGACCUGCAACACCCCCUUUCUUAUUAUUAUAUUGAAUCCUCGCACAACACCUACCUCACUGGGCACCAGCUUAAAGGGGAGUCCUCUGUGGAGCUUUACAGUCAGGUGCUCUUGCAAGGCUGCAGGAGUGUUGAACUGGACUGCUGGGAUGGAGAUGAUGGGAUGCCCAUUAUCUAUCAUGGACACACACUCACUACAAAGAUCCCAUUCAAGGAUGUUGUGGAAGCUAUCAAUCGCAGUGCUUUUGUUAACUCAGACCUGCCUGUCAUCUUAUCAAUCGAGAAUCACUGUUCCCUGCCUCAGCAACGCAAGAUGGCAGAAGUCUUUAAGAGUGUGUUCGGGGAUAAACUGGUGACUAAAUUCUUAUUUGAGAGUGAUUUCUCAGACGAUCCACUGUUGCCAUCACCACAGCAACUAAAAGGAAAAAUUCUUCUCAAAAACAAGAAGCUAAAAGCACAUCAGGCUCCUGUUGAUAUUCUGAAACAAAAGGCCCAUCAGCUGGCACAUAUGCAGGCCCAAGCCAGUAAUGGCACUCCUGCAAGCAGCACAUCCGGGAAUAACGAAGAUGAUGAUGAUGAGGAGGAUGAAUACGAUUACGACUACGAAUCUCUGUCUGAUGCUGAUGUCCUUACUGCUUCUCCUGCUUCUAAUGGCCAGGAAGAUAACAUCCUUGAUGAUCGACCGGAGGGCAAGUCAUCCAGUGAUAAGUUUCAGUUUGAAUACAGUGAAGAAACCCCCAAGAGAAUCAAGAAAGCAUACAGCACUGCUUGCAGCAAAGGAAAGAUUUUCGAUAUGGAACUCGGGGAAGAGUUUUAUCUUCCACAGAACAAGAAGGAAAGCAGACAGAUUGCUCAGGAGCUUUCAGACAUGAUAAUAUACUGCCAAGCUGUUAAAUUUCCAGGCCUUUCAACUCUCACUCCAUCUGGAUCUGGCAGAGGAAAAGAGAGAAAGAGCAGGAAGUCCAUCUUUGGAACCAAUCCUGGUAAAAUGAGCCCUGGGGAAUCCAUGACACUGGUCAGAGCAUCUGGAAAAGGUUCUUUUGACACCAUGCGGCUGAGUUGGGAUGAGCCCUCUUCACCCCCGUUUAACCCCAACACCUGUCUGAGUGCUAUCAUCCGGACGCCGAAGUGCUAUCACAUCUCCUCUGUGAAUGAGAACGCUGCCAAGCGCCUGUGCCGGAGGUAUUCUCAGAAGCUGAUUAAACACACCACCUGUCAGCUACUGAGAACCUACCCAGCCGCCACUCGCAUCGACUCCUCCAACCCAAACCCUGUCAUGUUCUGGCUUCAUGGCAUUCAGUUGGUGGCUCUUAAUUACCAAACAGAUGACCUCGCCAUGCACUUAAAUGCAGCAAUGUUCGAGGCAAAUGGGGGUUGUGGGUAUGUGCUGAAGCCACCAGUUCUGUGGGACAGGAACUGCCCAAUGUACCAGCAGUUCUCCCCAUUGGAACGAGAGCUGGAGAGCAUGAGCCCAGCAGUAUAUUCUCUCUCGAUUAUCUCUGGUCAGAAUGUGUGUCCCAGUAACACGUCAGGCAGCCCCUGCGUUGAAAUUGACGUGCUGGGGAUGCCUGCAGACAGCUGCCACUUCCGGACCAAACCCACCCAUCGCAACACCCUGAACCCCAUGUGGAACGAGCAGUUUCUCUUUCAUGUCUGUUUCGAAGACCUGGUUUACAUUCGCUUUGCUGUGGUCGAAAACAACAGCUCAGCAAUCACUGCUCAAAGGAUAAUUCCCUUGAAGGCUCUAAAAAGAGGGUACAGGCACUUGCAACUGAGAAAUCUUCACAAUGAACCGCUGGAGAUCUCGAGUCUCUUCAUUUACAGCAGGGUAGAAGAAAACCCCAGUGGAAACAAUGUACCUGCUUCAGUGGUGUUCAGUACGGAGGAGCGGCGAGCUGCAACCCUGUACAAAGUGACGGUCCAUGGCGCCCCGGGUCCUGAACCCUUCACUGUCCUCUCUGUGAGCGAGAAAACCACAGCCAGACAGCUUCUUGAUAAAUUACUCUCCUCAAAGACGGGCUCAAUUUCGAAUACCCUGGGCUACUUGUUGGUGGAAGAGAAAGUGUUUCUGUGUAAGGAGAAGAGCGAGUGCAAGAAGCAGCCGCUUCAGCGUGUCAUCGGGGCCGAGGAAGAGGUUGUAAAAAUCCUCAGCAGCUGGUUCCCAGAGGAAGGCUAUGUGGGAAGAAUUUGCCUCAAAACCAAGGAGGAAAAUCUCAACCAGAGGAACUCCAUCACAGAGGCGGUAGAGGAAGCGAAUAUCAGCGCAGAAGAGGACAGUUUCUUUGUUCAGGUGCACGAUGUUUCUCCAGAGCAGCCUCGCACAGUCAUUAAAGCACCUCGCUUCAGCACUGCACAGGACAUCAUCCAGCAGACACUAAGUAAAGCCAAGUACUCGUACAGCAUCCUGACCAAUCCGAACCCCAGUGACUACGUGCUUGUGGAGGAAGUCACAAAAGAGCCUAUAAACAAGAGAGCGUCAACCUGCAAGCCGUCCCAGCGCAUCCUCUGUGAUCAGGAAAGUGUCUAUCAAGCCCAGAGCAAGUGGAAGGGGGCAGGCAAGUUUAUCCUCAAACUCAAAGAGCAAGUCCAGGUUGGUGUCCUGAGAGACUCAAUCUGCAAGUCGACACCCCUGCCUCUUCCACGUGGUCUUUCCCCCUGCUCCGGAACUGGAAAUUGCACAAAUGAUUCCAGGAUCGAGGCAGUUUUUGGGAAAUUCAAGUCAAGAAUGUGUGGGUACAGGUUCAGCAGCUCUGAACCCCUCAACCUUUGGAAGGAGCCCAUAGUCAGGUUACUUAGGAAGACGGAUAGCAGGGUCUGUAGAGUAUUUUUAAAUAGGGGUUUUACUGCUGAUAGACGAAUGUGGCAGUGAAAUUCCUGGUGGUGACUGCGCCCUUUCUUUCCCUGCGGGUGGUAUCACUGUCAAGCCCAGUGGAGUACAGUAUUUUAAAAAUACCCAAUUGUUCAAGGUAGCUGCAUAUCCCAGCUUUGUGCAGUCCUCCAAUGGAUUACCAAAAAACAAAAAAACAGCCCCUCUCCUGUCCCACUGAUAGAAGGGGCAAACAACAAGCUGGCUUGUUAGAAUCCAUUGGGAUGCUUUGUUUUUGAAAGGUCCCUUUUAAAAAUUUUUCACUGAUGUUUUGAAUGCCUUCGAGUAACACUGAGUUACGUGAAGCACUUUGAAACUGAUUCAUAAAUUGUGAAACGUGUUGCACUUUGACAUAUCGUCUUUUGAAGCUAAUAUUAAUGUCUUUUGAUGUGCUUGAUAUUUAUGUGGUCCCGCAUAGUUAAGUAUUAAAUCAAAUAGCAACUUUGAUGUAGAAGUUAAAUUGGAUAACAAUGGGCAGAUUCUAAUUUUAGCUGCUUGUAUAUGUGAUAUUAUGUGGAAUAAUAUAGUCCUGUAUGUUUCAGACAAAAGAAAAUGUGCUUUGAGUCAAAAAGUGAUGUGAAAGUUAAGCUUAAUACAUUACAAAACAAAACUACUAUAUUGUAGUUUUAGGGAUGGUGCAUGGAAUUGGAACAUUUUACUUUUCUCUAGACAAAGAAAUUGGGAUGCUAUUCAUAUUGUCUUGAAUGAAGGACCUCACCCAUGCAAUCACACUACUCAAUACUCACUACUCACACUACAAAAAAAAUUAUAAAUAACAACAGUAUAUAUGUUGUGCUUGCUGCAGUAGUGUAUAAAAGAUCUAACAGAAAUGAAUAUUCUUUCUGUUUUUCGAGCUAAACUGUUAUGGUAGUCAGAGAUGAUUUAAACAUAUCCUAUUUCUUUCAGCCAUUUAUAAAAUGCCAGAGUGAGAUUUAGGACAGGAAAAUAUAUAAAAGCCCUCAUUGCAAAUCCACGCACUGUCACUUUUUGGUUGGUAGCAUGAAUAAAAUAACUUGACAGAAAGCUGAAAACACUUUGUAAUUUAAAGGACAGUAAAAUUCAAGGAGAUGUACACAGAAGUAUUGUAGAUUUGUGAAUGUUUAUAUAGCACUAUUUCAGGUGAUAUUAUGUAAAUACAUUGAGCCAGUUUUAUGUCAUUUAGAAGAAUUUGUUAAUAUUGUAUAUAAUUUCUAUUCUAGUUGUAUAUUUUCUCUUUUUUUCUUGCUAGUGAAGUAUGCUAUAUACACAUAGAGUGGGAUUGUACCAUUCUGGGAGUUCUUGUACUAAAAAUAAAUAGUCUGUUACUUGCAUUAUAGAAGAUGUUUAAAGAAUGCAGGGCUGGUGUAUGGGUGAACAGAAUAGGUCUGUUCCUCCAGUAUCAGGGUUUGAGGACUGGACUUUGCAGGGGAAAAAACAAAACAAUGUAUACUUUACCGUUUUCUGUUACCAGCAUCUGUUUUCUGUUUCAAUAGUCCUUGACUGCUUACAAUCAGCUAUUUUGCUCAAAAGUUUUUUCAAUAGAAAUCACUGCAGCCCAAAGGCGUACCUUAUUACCCAUCUAGGGAGAUAGAUGUCUUUCUAAUACAAAAUUACAGAGAAAACAUUUUAACACAUGGGUAAUUGGAUCUUCUUGACUUUGACUAGUACAUUGUUUUACAGCAUUAAAAAGAAAUGCUAAAAUGUAAGAUUUAUUUUUUUUACUUCUAGUUCAUAACCAUCUUCUUUUGCUGAUUCCCCCUUUCUGACUGAGACUUAUUUAGGAAGGAUACACAAGUCAAUUUUGCUAAUCUUGGCUCAGCGCGUACAUCUAAUUGUAUAAUGCAGCUGUUACUGACUUUCAUGCAAUGGCUUGUACUGUUUGCUAUCACGUGUAAAUCAAAGAGAUCUGAUUUGUCCUUCUACUUUUUUGAAUUUUUGGUUAAUUGUAACAAGUGCUUCAGAUAAGGUUUUGUUUAAACACUGCGUAAACUGUAUUUUAGUUGAGUAAAAUGUAACAUUUUACCUUGUAGUCAUGAAUACUUCCAAUAAAUACAAUGCAUACUGUAAUGCUAAUGUAUGGGGCAUACAUUAACAAUAGCCUUACAUUUGAACUGCAAUGUUAAUAUAAACUAUUGCACAAAAACUUUAGUCCUGCCUUAAUAAUAUUAUAGUUGGAGUAGUUUCAAGUGAGGUUUUUAUUUAUGUAUUUAUUAUUUUUUGUUUUUUAAUUUGAAAACCCUCAUUUAUUGGUCAUGUGUCUCUGGCAAUUCCAAGGCAGGCUACAAUUAGCUGUCCCAGAAUUCUCUAGCCAGUGCUUGCAGUAUAUUAACAAUUGAACAUUGAGACACCAGGAACCAACAAAGUACAAGAAGCUUGAUAACAUGCAAACUCAAGCUGUGCACCAAAAUUGCUAUUUAUAUUCUUUACACGUUACAUUUAAAUGUGAUGCGUAAUUCAUAUGUUUUCAAUGCGUAAAACACCCAGUACGCAGCUUAUCUGGAGCGCUGAUUGUAACAAUGUUAAGGGACAAUGACUUUGUAUUUGUUGUCCAAAAAUUCUUGAACUAGGCUUACAUUUAAGCACUGCAUAUGCAGGCUGUUUAAGUGGUAUAUCUUUGUUUGUUUUUAAAAAGUGGCCCUAUCAUACCUGACUGGGUUAGCCUGUCAUGUGAUGUAAACUACCUGGUGCAGACUCUGAAUAUACCAUGUCGCAGUGUUUGUAAUGCAUGAUUACAAUGGCACACAAGCAUUCACAUUUUUAUUUUACAAAAAGAAAACACUAAUAGUCGGUGCCGAUAACAAAAUACUUGAUGGAACACAUUGAAAUACAGUUCAUCAACUGUAUAUUUUUCAUUUUACUAACCUGCUAAAACCUAGAAAGCUACAAACUAUAUAUAGAAACACAAUCUGAUUUAAGUUAUUUUGUAUCACAGGCCUGGUUGUUUUCAUAGAUGUCUAGAUAGCUCAUAUGUACUUGGCCAUCUGUUUUAUUGCUAAAAGGAAUGAUUAUACAAUAUAAUGUAUUUGUCUAUAUUCUUUAUAUAACCCUACCAUCAAAGCUGUUUCUUUUUAUUUUAGUUUCUUUUUUAGCUCUUUCAAAUCUGUGUGUGUACAAACAAACUUAUAGUGGCUUUUUAUUUUUAUUACUACUUUUUUCAACAAUUUCUGUUGAUUCAUUGUUACAGGAGAUUGUUAUUGUGUACUGCUUGUGCAUUUUUACAGCACACAUUUCUUGACUUAAAACUAUGAAUAUGAACGUUCCCUUUGCUUUAUUUCUAAAUGUCAUUUCAUAGUUCUAUUUGUCUGCAAUGGCAGUCACAAACAUGUUUUCUAUUGUGUGUGAUUGUGUCAUUUUUGAUGUGAUAUUUUAUGUUACUAUAGAUAAAAGCUCAAAACUCUGCAGAUAUAUUUUGGUCUUGGAUCUAAAUAACUUUUACAUGUUUAAGGUAUUGCCUCGUUAUGUUCUAUAGAAAAUGGCAGGAUGUGAAUUAGUUUCUGACUAGAUUGUUUUGGUAUGAUUAAAGCGUGCCUCAGUCUCAGUUCAUCACUUUAUAUUUACUGCUGCUUCUUAAACACUGCAGCUUUAUGCUUUGAAGUUGAGUACCGAUGUAAAUCAAAUUAUAUUAAGAACAUAGAACUGUAUUUCUUCUUUACAUGUCUUUAAAAAAUGUGCGGCAACUUUUCAAAUCUUGCCUAUCUUUAAUUGUAGUAUUACAUUCUUUCUGUAUGUGCCAGUCUGUAUGUAUUGUGCAAAACUGUGUUUGUGUAAAAUGACCUGUUUUAGAGACUACUUUAUUUCUAUUGACUUGAAGGAAAGCAACUCAUAUUGGUACUACAGAAAAUAAAUAAUUUAUGAAGUGCA